AUGUCAGAUGCCAGUCUCAUCAUUGUUGACUCCCCCGCCCACGCACCGGGGGUGUCAGUGAUCACACUCAACCGCCCAGAGAAGCGCAAUGCACUCUCAAAAGCCAUGAUUACUGAGUUCCUUAAAGCUCUCUCUCGAGUCUCGGCUGACUCAAACACCAAAGUCAUCGUAGUAACUGGACGCGGCUCUUGCUUCUCAGGUGAGUUAAGUUCCGAACCACGUUUUCUUGGCAGUUUGUUGAUCUGCCUGACAGCUGGUGCCGAUAUCAAGGAGAUAUCGACGAUGGAUGCAGAAGCAGCCAGAUCCUGUCGUUACCUGGAAGAUCUGUGCCAUGGCAUGGCUGCUGUGAGGAAGCCUGUUCUAGCAGCAGUAGAUGGGCCUGCGCUUGGAGGUGGCUUUGAGCUUGCCAUGAUGUGUGAUUUAAUCUAUGCAUCUACACGUGCAAAGUUUGUACUCCCCGAGGUGAACCUUGGUCUCAUCCCCGGAGCGGGAGGCACUCAACGGCUCACGUCUGCCUUGGGCAAGUUCAGAGCCAUGAAAGCCAUCCUGCUUGGAACGCCGAUCUCGAGUGAAGAAGCUUUGUCUUGUGGGCUGGUCUGCGACAUGUUUAAGGAUGGGCAAGUAUUGGACAAGACUAUCGAAGCUGCUGUGCAGCUGGCAGCUCGAGGUGGUGUUGCCGUUCAAUCGGCCAAGGAAGCUAUAUGCCGAGCUGAUGAUUCGUGCCGCGAUGACGCAUUUGAGAGGAGCUUGUAUUACUUUGCUUUUGGGACAGAGGAAAAAGCAACAAGGGUCGAAGCCUUUCUACGACGGUAA